AUGGUUGCUGCUUCUAAGAUUCUGUGCUCUGGCGCACUGUUCUCCUCCCUUGCGGCGGCAAGGUGGAUCGUUCCCGGCGGCCGCUGGAUCGAUACCGAUGGCGACCUCGUCAACGCCCACGCUGGUGGUGUCACCAGGGAGGAGGAGACGGGCAAGUUCUUCUGGUUCGGCGAAUACAAGAUCCAGGGCCAGGAGGAGGGUGGCGGUGUUUCGGUCUACAGUUCGGAUGAUCUCGUUACAUGGGAGAACCAUGGACUUGCACUCAUCCCUGAGGAGGGUCACGAGUUUAUUUCACCCGAAAUGAUCAUCCAGAGGCCCAAGGUUGUGUACAGCCGCGAGACCCAGCAGUACCACAUGUGGUGGCACGCCGACGAUAGCAAGUACAGCCUCCUUCUUCAGGGCCUUGCCGUCUCGCCCAACAUCACGGGCCCCUACACCUUUGUCGACGCCACAGCGCCCCUCGGCAACUGGUCCCAGGAUUUUGGCCUCUUCACCGACAACUACGGCGAUGGACGCUCAUACGCACUCUACUCUAACGGUGACAGGCGUGAGGGCCGCGACGUCUACCUCUCUGUCUUUAACGAGAAUAUCACCGAAGUCGAGGAGGUUACAUUCCGCUUCAACAAAUACGAUCUUGAGGCACCGACCAUUCUCCAGACGGACAAGAGUUACUACGCGCUCAUGAGCCACAAGACAGGCUACAGGCCCAACAACGUUGUUGCCUUCCGCGCCGACAAGCUCGAGGGACCUUGGAGCCAGCCCUUCAUGGUGGCCAAGCCGUACACGCGCACUUACAGCUCGCAGAGCGGCUUCUCGCUGCGCAUUGAGGGCACGGAGAAGACGACGUACCUGUACAUGGGUGACCAGUGGGAUCUUAACUCGCUCUGGGAGGCGAGAUACAUCUGGCUUCCCGUUGAGAUUGACGACGACAAGGGCAGCCUCGAGGUCAAGUGGCACGACGUCUAUGACCUCAAUGUCGAGACUGGUGUCGUGACCCCUAUCGAGGGCACCUCGUACCCGGUCGUCGACGCCAAGCUCGAGGGCAACGCCUGGCUCCAGGAGGCCAACUUUGCCAGCGACGGCCGCAUCGCGACGGGCAUCUACGGCAACGACAGCACCGUCACCUUCAGCGGCAUCGAGGGCGCCGGUAGCAAGCAGUGGGUCUCGUUCUACUACCAGAACACGGACGACAUGGGCUUCGGCGACCAGCCCGGUGGCACACCCGACCGCAUCAACGGCACGUGGCAGCUGAGGCGUAUCAGUAGCGUCGUCGUCAACGGCAAGGUCGAGGAGCUCGAGACGCUGUACCAGAGGGAUACCCACAAGGGCAUCAUUGCCUCGGCACCACUGCUGCUGGACCUCGAGGCUGGCUCCAACAACACCAUCAAGAUUGGUGGCCUCUCCAACGGCUUCGACUUCAAGGGCGCCGAUAUCGACCGUAUCGUCGUGUACCCGCCCGAGCCUGUCAAGAACAAGUGCAAGAAGAGGGCUGCCUAA